AUGCAAAUGAUAAGAAAUUUAGAACGAAUCUGUGAUACGGAAAACGUGCCGAGUGUUUCCUCAAUAAAUCGUAUUGUUCGUAAUAAAUCGACAAUGAAUCGGAUUACCGAGCGCUCAUUACAUUCGACCUCAUUUUUCGCACCAAGCACCCCAUAUACGAUUAAUGAAUUACUUGGAUUUGAGCAAUCCUCUAAGCAUAUGAAUGAAAGUUCUCAUAUAACGCUUCAGGCUGGUGUUAGAUCAAUGAAAUCCGAAUUCUGUACACGUAUCACUUCAUCAGCUGAUAAAAGUUGGGAAGAAACAGAAUCGUGGACAAAUCCGAUACGCACAACAUCUGAAUUAUCGUGUUCGGGUCAAUCGCCAGUCAUCAAUCAUGUUUAUAUACCAAAUCCAACUAGGCGAAUUGAAGUAUUAGCAGCAACUCAAACAGCAGCGGCAGCAAUUCGUGAGAAUGAUUCAAUUGCUCCAAUUUCAAAUAUUUCGCAUAGUAUUUUAAUUCCUCAAACCCGGUCAACUGAAACAAUUUCUUGUAGUACAAAUAUAGCACUAACAAAUCAUAAUACAUCACAAGCACUUUGCCCAUCAACAAGUAAUAUAAAUAAAUAA